ACAGUCUACCUUCAAACAAACAACAACUGUUCAACACAGACCUCUCUUCCCUUGCGAAACAAUCAAUCAAAAUGUUCAGAUUGGUGGUGUUGUCUACUGUUCUUGCCGUUGCCGUUGCUGCCCCGCACGCGCCAUUGGUACACACGUCUGUGGUCCAUCAGCCAGCCCUCGUUGCUCACAAGGAGAUCUCUUACCAGAAGAGCAUCAUUGAAGAACCAACCGUUGCCCACGUUGGAACCGUCGUCAAGCAUGUUCCAACUGGAGUCACCCAUCACAGCUCAUCGGUUGUCCACCACGACGCCACUAUCUCCGAACCAAUCCUCGCUCACGGUGUGAAGAAGACCGUCGUUUCGACUCCAAUUGAGAAGACCACUUACCACCACACCGUGGCUGCUGCUCCAGCUAUCAGCUAUGCUGCACCGGCUAUCAAGACCGCUUACGUCGAGACUGCCCCAGCUCUGACUUACGCCGCUGCUCCAAUUGCCAAGGCCGCUUACGUCCAUGCUACUCCAGCUUUGACUUAUGCCGCCGCCCCAAUUGCCAAGGCCAUUCAUGUUGAGGCUGCCCCAGCUCUGACCUAUGCCGCCGCUCCAGCCCUGACCUACGCUACUGCCCCAAUCGCCAAGGCCAUUCACGUUGAAGCUGCCCCAGUCUUGAGCCACGCUGCUCACAUCAGCCACCCAGCGGUCUAUGCCAAGCACUACUAACGGAUUUGAAGGAAACUGAUAGUUUUUCUCUUGUUCACCGUUUGAUUGUACGCAGUGAAAGAUUAGAAAAAUUAUGUGUGAAUGUGAAUAAAGUUUUUGA